GGUGGAUGUCUCAGUCUGCUGCUGAAGGAGCUGCUUAAAGACCCCACAGUGUCAUGCAGUGGGUGAGAGGGAUUGUCCAUGAUGGAUGUGAGCUUUGCCAACAUCCUCCUCUCACCCACCUCCUCUAUGGAGUCCAGGGAACAGUCCAGGACAGAACCUCCUCCUGACCUUCUGUUUAGUCUCUUUCUGUCCCUUUCAGUGCUCCCUGCUCCCCAGCAGGCCACUGCAUAGAAGAUAGCAGACGCUACCACAGAGUCAUAAAAUGUCCUGAGCAGAGUCCUGCACACUCCAAAGGACCUCAGUCUCCUCAGCAGGUGGAGACGACUUUGGCCCUUCUUGUACAGGACCUCUGUAUUGUGUGUCCAAUCCAGUUUAUUGUUGAGGUGAACACCCAGGUAUUUGUAUGUGUCUACCAUCUCAAUGUCCAAAACCCUGGAUGUUCACCAGUGCAGUCUGAGGUGUCCUCCUCCUGCAGAAGUUGAUGAUCAUCUCCUUCGUCUUACUGGCGUUGAGCAAAGUCAGAAAUGACCGUCCUGUAGUCCCACUCAUCCCCCUCAGAUACACACCUGACAAUGGCUGUAUCAUCGGAGAACUUCUGGAGGUGGCAGCUCCCAGACUUAUAAUGGAAGUCCGACGUGUACAGGGUAAAGAGAAAGGGGGAGAGCACUGUCCCCUGUGGACCUCCAUGCUGCUGACUACCACAUCAGACACACAGUCCUGAAGCCUCACGUACUGUGGUCUGUUGGUGAGGUAGUCGAUGGUCCAAGCAGCCAGGUGACAGUCUACUCCCGCUCCUUCAAGCUUCACCCUGAGCAGAGAAGGCUGGAUGGUGUUGAAAGCAAUGGAGAAGUCAAAGAACAUGACCCUCACAGUGCUGCUGGGUUUCUCCAGACUGUCUUAUCCUCAGCCAAGCACAAUGAUAGGACGCACUGAUGUGAACUCUGUGACAAACUGGAAUGCUCCUCUGGUUUGGGAGGGAACCUUUGAUCCAGUGGUGAUUGAUGACAUUUAUAGGAGGAUGAACCCAAGAGUUGCUGUGGUGGUUCUUGCUGUUGGCAAAUACACUCGUUUCCUGAAGGGUUUCCUUGAAUCGGGUGAAAAGUACUUUCUUGUUGGUUUAAGGGUCACGUACUAUAUCUUCACAGACAAUGAACAGGAUGUUCCCAACGUUACACUGAGUGAAGGCCGGAAGAUUACAAUUCUCCCCGUCCCUAGUGCCAAACGCUGGCAGGACGUAGUACUCAGCAAGAUGAAAUGGGCAACCGUCACGAUUGACAAACAAAUCCGUAAUGAGGCCGAUUAUCUUUUCAUGAUGGACGUCGACAGCGUCUUCCACAACCGUUUUGGAGCAGAGAGUCUCAGUCAGAUGUCUGCUGUCCUUCACCGUGGCUACUACAAGAAUAUAAACAGGGAUGGGUUUCCAUAUGAGCGUCGUCCUGAGUCCAAAGCCUAUAUUCCUGCUGGUGAAGGAGACUACUACUACACUGCAGCUGUGUGGGGUGGAUACCUGGAGGACAUGUACAGGCUCGUCAAAUACUGUUAUGAGCAGUCGGAGGAAGAUGCAAAGAACAACAUUGAAGCAGUGUGGCAGGAAGAGAGUCACCUGAACAAGUACUUUCUGUACAACAAACCAGCUAAGGUGCUGUCUCCAGAAUACCUGUGGUCAGACUAUGAUGCACCUGGAUCAGACAUUAAGCUCAUCAGGAUCUCUCAGUUGGUGAAGGACUAUGCUGAAGUGCGACCCAAUGGCGGACAUUGAUGUUACAUCAAUGAUAUUAAAGAAGUAAAACCAUUUUAGUAAUAAUAAAAAUUAGACUAUAUGUACGGAUUGCUUUCUAGAUUGGGUAUUUUUCAUACUGAAAGGUAUAAAACUGUUCUCUGCAGACAUUUAUGAUUAACUUUGUGGCCAGCAUUCACUACAAACUAAAAUAUUUAAAAUCAACAUAGACUACAUGUGCUUGUUUUAAUGCAUGGCCAUAUAAAAAUGAGUAAUUCUGUUUGGAUGGUAGAUGCCAGCCUCAGACCUCAUUGGGUUAAUGAUUUAAUAGGGGAAAAUUGAUUUGCAUGCAUUGGUAGAAAUCAUGUAUUAAAAAAUGAAAGAUAAUCACUGUCUGACUUGAUUUUGUUGUAAGCAAUUAUUGUACUGCACCAGCAUUACAAUGCUUAGAACAGAGGAAAUUUUAUGUUCUUUUUUUGUUGUUGUUGCUGUUUUUAUUGUUGUUUUGUUGUUCUUCAACUCUGCCAAAUUUGUUCUGUGUUUAUACAGAGAUCUGUAUACUUUGUACAACCUGUCACUUGUUUUUUUCUCUUUUUUUCUGAAAAGUACAAAACAGAGGGUCUGGAUUUUUAUGGUAAACACUAUCACUUUCAAUUUAUUGCUUCAAGAUGUACACAUAAGGUCACACAUUCCCCCUUGUGUUGUGUAAGUGCACCUACAUUCGCUGGAUACACUUUAUUAGCAGCAGAUGUUUUGACUUAUCACAGCAGGAACAGCUCAAGCGGAAUUAACAACACUGAUGAUGACUCCGUGUCCCACUGAGCCAUGGCAGUGAAAAAUCAUGCACAACAGUGGGAUGUAACCAUCAUGAUUGCGCUUUUUCUGCUGUCAGUCAAAAUCUCCUCAGUUACUCAUUUUCCACAAUGACAGAAAGUGUGGUGUAAACGUGUAGAUGUAUAUUUUUAACGACUAUUGAUGAGAAAGAGAAGAAUUCAAACUGCAUGUUAUUUAAACUUUAGAAUGAGCAGAGAAGAAUGGGUUUGAACUCACUUGACUUGCACUAAGUACACUGUUUUUGUAUCAAUAUUGCUUUGUGGUACAUGAAAAAAGUUUAAA